AUUGAGAAUUGAGAAUUAGAAACCCUCCUAAAACCUCCAAUUAUUCUGAAGAAACUUUCUUUUUCCCUCUCAUUACCGAUGCUAUUGAUAAACACAUAUUCAUCACUACCCACAUAUUCCUUCUCCUCCAAUGCGCCAUCACCUUCAACUCUUGCAGUUGCUACCUUGGGAUUCUUCAGCACCACCGCCACACCUUCUAAGUUCCUCCGCAAAACAACAAGCCAUAGUCACAUCCCAAGUUUCGGUUUUCCCUCUACCAGGAACACCCCUUUUUCCCGUUAUGCUUCGACCAUCAGAGCCAAAGCUGGAACCACCGAUUACUAUUCCGUCUUGAAUGUUAGCCGCAAUGCUACUCUUCAAGAAAUCAAGGCCUCCUAUAGGAAGCUAGCUCGCAAGUACCAUCCAGACAAACGUCCUGGGGCAGAGGAGAAGUUCAAGGAAAUAAGUGCUGCAUAUGAGGUCCUAUCGGAUGAUGAGAAAAGAUCUUUAUAUGACCGCUUUGGUGAGUCAGGUCUACAAGGAGAAAAUGGAGGGUCAGCCAGUGCUUCUGGGGUUGAUCCGUUUGAUUUAUUUGAUGCAUUCUUUGGCCGCACUGAUGGAAAUGGAAUGUUUGGAGAAAGUGAUGAAGGGGGCAUGAACUUCAGUUUUAGAAGCAAUAGAAGCCGUGGCCUUGAUAUUCGGCAUGACCUUUAUUUGAGCUUUGAAGAAUCAAUUUUUGGAGUACGGAGGGAGAUUGAAGUUUCUUGUUUUGAGCCAUGUAAUGAUUGUGAUGGUACAGGAGCUAAAUCAAGGAAUUGCAUUAAAAUAUGUACAAAUUGUGAUGGCAGAGGAGGAGAAAUGAAAAGUCAGAAAACACCCUUUGGAAUCAUGUCUCAGGUUUCUACCUGCUCUAAGUGUGGUGGUAUUGGCAAGAUAAUCACUGAUCAUUGUCGAAGGUGUGAAGGCAGUGGUCAGGUGAAAUCUAAACGAACAAUGGAAGUGGUCAUUCCUCCUGGUGCCAGUGAUGGAGACACAACACAAAUUCGAGGGGAAGGGAAUUUUGAUUCAAGGAGGCGUAUAAGCGGGGAUCUUUUUGUGGUUCUCCAUGUAGAUGAAAAGCAGGGUAUUUGGAGAGAGGGUCUUCAUUUGUACUCAAAGAUUAAUAUUGACUUUACAGAUGCAAUACUGGGAUCUGUUAAAAAGGUAGAAACUGUUGAAGGCUUAAGGGAUCUCCAGAUUCCAUCUGGGGUUCAGCCUGGAGACUCAGUAAAGUUGUCACGUUUAGGAGUUCCAGACAUGAAUAGACCAUCUUUUCGAGGCGAUCAUUACUUCAUUGUGAAUGUUCUGAUUCCUAAAAAUAUCAGUGCUACCGAACGCAUGCUUGUUGAACAGUUAGCCUCACUAAGAGCAUCUAAAUAUGAUUCAUUGUCUUCUAAGGACACUGGGAUAUCCCAAGGAAAAUUCAAAGAAUUCAAUACGGAUCCAAAAUAUCAAGAUUCAAGCAAGCGAACUAAACAUGUUGGUUCACUGUGGACAUCAAUUCAGAAUUUCUUAAGGAGAGGGCAGUCUGAAGAGAAGUUUGCAUCAAUUAGCUUGGAUACAUCGACGUCAUAUUGUAGAUUCAGCCACCAAAAUUAUUCAGUCCUAGAUUCCUUUGUUGUUUUCUUAAUAAUUUGUUUUUUAGCAUCCAUUGCAAACUCUAAGUAUUCAUUAUUUAGGAAAAGAACCCAGUCCCUCAUAAGAGAGCAGAGUGAGAACAAUUGAGGAGGUGCUUGUUAAGAAAACUAGGAAAUAAGAAGGGAAGUGAAAAUACUUUGAUUUUCCUUCCAUGAUGCUUCGUAGAGAAUGUGGAAGUGGGUGAGAAAUCAGUUUCAGCUUAUUGUCAUGCUACUAGAGAUCAAAACUGUCGGAGUAGAGCGAGAGGAAGUCGCGCUCCGCAUUCAAACACGCCGAGUUUUUGUAUACAAAGCAACUGUAAGUAAUUUUCUUUUCAAAUCCUCUCCUGCAUUCUUUUUAAGCUCGGGUACACACCAAAACCUGAGCUUGAUUGGGCACAUUAUCUGUUUACUCCUUUGUAGUUUGUUCCCUUUUGUCAGAACCAUGCUGAAGAUUGAGUUUUAGUCUUAACAAUCAUCAGCAGCUUAUGUUGACACAUUCCUUCCUACUAUUUUUAAGAAAUGAGAUCACACUGAAAUUUUAUUUCGAAGUUAGCAUACUGUUGAAAUCCUAAACAUGUUGUAAGUUUGUAAAGUGAAGAAUAGAAAGUGUCAUACAUCAUGUAACUGAUUGAGAUUCUUCAAAAAUGUAUUUGGAUAAAUCACUUCAGGUAUAUAGUUGAAACUGUCA